UAGAUGAAAUAAAUAAAAAUCUUUCAUUUUCUCCGGAAGAAAUGUCUGCCAUAUCAACAAGGAGUUUAAAAAAUAGUGGAAACGAAGAUAUUUCAAAAAUAAUGAACCAUUUACUCAAUCAUCCAGAAGAUUUAAAUAAAGUCAAGGCAUGCUUAAACAACGAUAAGGUUAAGAGUGAUACGUAUUCACCUGAUAAGGCACUAGCUUUAUUAGUUUCGCUAAAGUUAUCAAAGUGGCAAUAUAUAAACUUAAGAGAGUCUGCGAGUGAAAAUGGUUCAGAGUUAUAUCCAUCGUACUACAAAUUGCAACAAGCUAAAUUGAAUUGUUAUCCAGAUAAAAAAGAUUUAUGUAUUACUGAGGACGGGGCUUCAAUUAAACUGCAAGCUUUACUCAACUUGACUGUAUCAAGACUUUUGGAUGCAAUAUCCAUGGAUUUGGACGCAACAAUAAAUUUAGAGCUUGUAAGUAAAUGGGGUUUUGACGGAGCUUCUGGUCAAAGUGUGUACAAGCAAAAAGUAAACAAAGAAUUUGAAGACUCCAGUAUUUUUAUGGCCAGUCUAGUACCAGUUAGGCUACAACAAUCCGAUGGAACUAUUGUUUGGGAAAACGAAAGACCAUCGUCCACGUUUUACUGUUGUCCAUUAAUGUUUCAAUUUACGAAAGAAACCCAGUCCACUGUUAUGUCAAUUAAAAACAGAAUAACAGAAGAAAUAAAAGCGCUUCAACCAUCAAAACUGAAUCAAAUUGAAGUGUCUCACCAGUUACUUUUGACGAUGAUUGACGGAAAGAUAACGUCAUAUUUAUCAGAGACGUCGACAGCCGUUUGCGAUAUUUGCAAAGCAAAGCCAUCGGAAAUGAACAAUAUUGAACUGCUUGACCAAAAACACAAUAAUGAAGAAAUUCACCAGUACGGACUAUCAUCUUUACACUGCUGGAUAAGGUGUAUGGAGUGCCUUCUUCACAUAGCCUAUCGUAUGGAUUUUAAAAAAUGGAGUGGCAGGGGCGAAGAUCAACAAAAAAUUAAGCUUAGAAAGUUCGAAAUUCAGCGAGCAUUUAGAGAAGAUUGCGGAUUACUAAUAGACCAGGUGAAACAAGGAGAGGGAACAACUAAUGAUGGCAAUACUGCCCGAAGAUUUUUCAGGGACGCAGACACUGCAGCCCGUAUUACUGGUAUAAGCAAGGAAUUAAUAGAAAGGUUACAUGUAAUACUCCAGACUGUAGCAUCUGGAGAGUGCGUCAACCUUUCUAAAUUCUCCUUAUUCUGUAGAGAGACUGCAGAACUCUACAUAAAUUUAUAUCCCUGGUAUUAUAUGCCUUCUAGUUUACAUAAGCUGCUUAUACAUGGCGCUGAUAUUAUCCAGCAUUUUGCUACCAUACCUAUCGGCAAUCUGUCAGAAGAAGCAGCAGAAGCUCGUAACAAAGAUUUCCGGAAAUUCAGAGAGAGUUAUUCCAGAAAAUUAAGUAGAAAAGCCACAAAUGAGGAUAUUUUACAUAAUCUUUUAAUAUCAUCAGAUCCAAAUAUCACAAGUUUUAGACCAAGACUAUCAAAGCAUAACAAAAUAGCUCUCUCUUCACGGGCUAAAGAGCUUCUGUUAAAUUUGCCGACAGAAUCUGAGAUAGAGUUCAUUGACGUUAAUGAAUUACAGGAUAAUCAUUCUGAUAGUGAGUAAGCUUUUUGAGUUUUGUAAAUUAAAUGCAAUAUUU